CUACUUUACUGGCCAUGAACCCACGGUAAGAAAUUUACCAUGUUUACCACUUUUGUUUUUACGUCUUUCGAACUUCUUUCAAUGUUAUUUAUUUGAGUAGCGAGUUAGUGUUGUGUGAUUACAAAAAUCUCUAGCUCGUACCAAUACAACUGUGUUAUCUAAGUAGUGCAAUUAUGGUGUUUUACAAGUUUUUGGUAUGUUUACUAUUAAUUGCACCGUAUACUUUUGGUCAAGAUGGGUAUUAUAGAAAGAGACGUAUUCCACCAAUCUUUAUUGGUGGUGGAGGAGGAUUGUUAGGAAGAGGUAGUGGUUUUGGUAAGGGGUAUGGAUCCGGCAGAGGUCUUGGUGGCAGAGGAUUUGGUGGACGUGGAUUUGGAGGGCGAGGAUUUGGAGGGCGAGGAAUAGGCGGUGGACGAGGAAUUGGUGGUGGAAGGGGUGGCGGCAUUGGGGGAGGCAGAGGUGGAGGCAUUGGGGGAGGUAGAGGUGGAGGCAUUGGAGGAGGUAGAGGCGGAGGCGGAAGAGGUUAAUUACAAAAAUACAAUUAUAUAAAAUAUAAGAUUGUUGAAUGAUAUAAAUUACGUUAACAAUUCUUUGAAAAAUCUAAUUGUAAAAUCAUAAGUUAACAUAGAUAGUGUUGUUUGUUAAGAAUAUUACCUCACGAUGCGACAAAAAAUGCAUGGGAUAACAUAUUUAUUAAAAUCUUAAUGCUUACGUAUUUUUUUUCAGUUUGGGAAAAUUGUUUUUGUUUUGUUAUUUGGAUGGAUUAAAUUGUAGAACUUUAUUUAAAGUAUGAAGCAAAAGAUGCGUGUUUUAAAACGAAAAAAUUAAAAAUAACAGUGCUAAUUCACCUAACCCAAAGUAUACACAAACAGAUUUUGUACACGUGUCGUUCACUUUUCUAUCAGAUAUAUCAAUAAUUGUAAAUUAUUUAAUUUAAUAGAAAUCGUAUCUACCUACCAAUACAUUACAAUUAAAUUGGAUAAUUUUCAAUAAAAAAGUCUUAUUUAAAAAGAUAAAGUGGAAUAUUUUUAAUGACGCACCAAAAGCGGUCACAAAUAUUGAGAUGUUGUUUGAAGUGGGAUGGAGGAAAGUAGGGAACGAGAUGAGGUAAUUAAA